AUGCUGCUGCUGCUGCUCCUGGCUCUGCUGGGCCCCGCUGGCUGCCCCAGGCCAGAGCCCCUGAGUGGUGGCUCCAGCCAGGAGCCGCUGUUCCGUGGCGCCGACCGCUACGACUUCGCCAUGGUCAUCCCCGCCGGCACCGCCGAGUGCUUCUGGCAGUUCUCACACCAGGGAGGAAACUUCUUCUUCAGCUACGAGGUCCAGCGGGCGACGGGGAUUGGCAACAGCAGGAGCAUCCUGGUGACAGCGAGUGACCCCAAUGGCUUCCAGCUCGGAGUGUCCCAGGAUGUACGAGGACAGAUCAACUUCCUCACCAAGGACACAGGUUUCUACCAGCUCUGCCUGGACAACCACCGAAACCACUUUGGCUUAAUGCAGGUGUAUCUCAACUUUGGUGUGUACUAUGAUGACUUCAACAUGGAGCACAAGCAGCCAGCAGAGAGGAAGGAGCUGAACGACACCCUGGAGGCAAUUGGGGCGAGCAUCCAGAAGCUGCAUGUGCACACCUUCCACAUGUGGCGCUUCUACAACUUGGCCCGGAUGAGGAAAAUGGCUGACUCCAUCCUCCUGGAGUCCAACUACAACUACAUCAACUGGUGGUCCAUGGCCCAGAGCUGUGUCAUUGUCCUCUCUGGGGUGCUGCAGCUCUGCUUCCUCAAGCGCCUCUUCCACGCACAAAGCUCGGGCAGCCAGAGGUGCUAG